ACAAAAUACUGCUUCUCAUAAAUGAGCAUUAAUUAUUAAGAUCCCAGUUAGGUGAAAAUCCGGCAGCCCAGCUGGCUCAAGAUUUCUACUAGUCAGUCACCAGUGGGUUUUAGUUGAGCAAUUAAGUCCUCUGGAAUUUGAACACCACCAACUUUUGCAGUGUUAAUUGACUCACAUGUUUUGAACAACUUGUCUGAAUAACAUACCUUUAAAGCUGAAUUAAUGUCUGUUUAUUGACCUGAAUUAGCUUUGACUAUUAUGAAUUGAUCUGUGGGCUUUGACUUUGACCCAAAGACCUGUUUGGUAGAGCCAGUAUUCUAGGAAUUGAAUUCCUUCAUUUCAUUGGAGGAUUGAAUUUUGAUAAUUUCAGCCUUUUUUGUUCCUUCUUUUUUUAAUGUUUCAAUUGGUGGGAUUCGGAAAACUAAAACAGGAGAAUUCAAUCAUCUCAGUUCAUUGAAAAUAAACUCCUUCCGGUUCCAUGGACUUCAAACUAGGGAGGAUCACGAUCAUUAUUAUCCCUAUUAUCUGGUCUAUGUUUAAAUCAUUCAAAAUGAUUCCGAAACGUGGACUAUAUUUUACUAUUCCAACGACCGACAAGUUAUGAGCUUACGAUUUUAUGAGGGUAAAACCUUCCUUUUUGAUUAGUGAAAGCCCUUCAAACAAUAUCUUCAAAACUAAAGAAUUUAAGCUGGAAUGUAACCCGGAGUUCUUGCAUUCGAGGUGAAGGCUUUUCCAAUCAAGCUUUCCCGGGGAACCAAAUCUUGAGGAAUGUCACAUGCAAUUGAACUUGAUCUUACUCGCAACCAUAUUAAUGGUCAGCUACCCAGUAGUCUUGCCAAUGCUCCUCUUGUCAAACUUUCUCUCUUGGGAAAUAGGCUAAACGGUUCAAUUCCCAAGGAAAUUGGUGACGUUGGCAACCUCGAAGAGCUGGUCUUGGAAGACAACCAGCUAACUGGAAGUCUACCUGCCAGCCUUGGAAAUCUGCACGGUUUGAGAAGAUUACUUCUGUCUGCAAACAAUUUCACAGGCAAAAUACCAGACUCAUUUGGAAAAUUAAAGAACUUGGUUGAUUUUAGGAUAGAUGGGAAUGAACUGUCUGGGAAGAUUCCUGACUUCAUUGGGAAUUGGAUCAACCUUGACAGACUGGAUAUACAAGGAACAUCGAUGGAAAAUUCCAUUCCUUCUACAAUAUCUCAAUUGAAGAACCUGACUCAAUUGAGGAUAUCCGACUUGAAGGGGUCAUUUAUAAGUUUCCCCAAUUUGACAGAUAUGAUAAACAUGGAAGAAUUGGUCCUGAGGAAUUGUUUAAUUAAUGGGUCAAUCCCCGAGUAUAUUGGAGAAAUGAACAAAUUAUCAACUCUAGAUCUAAGCUUCAACCAUUUAACUGGUCCAAUUCCUAAGACAUUUCAGAAUCUGGUGAAGAAAAAGAUAGACUUCAUGUUUCUGACAAACAACUCACUGAGUGGUGAAGUGCCUGGUUGGAUCUUGAGGAGCAAAAGGAACAUAGAUUUGUCUUACAACAAUUUUUCAGGGUCUACUCUUGCUAGUUGCCAACAAUCACCUGUGAACUUGAUUGCGAGUUACCCACCUGCAGUGAAUCAUCAAGUUCCUUGGUGCCUCAAGAAAGACCUUCCAUGCUCUGGAGAAGCUGAAUAUCAUUCCUUGUUUAUUAAUUGUGGAGGAACUCGAGUGACAGUUGAUGGGCAUGAUUAUGAAGAGGACCUAACUACAGAAGGCAAGUCAAACUUCUUUUCCGUUUCAGAAAAAUGGGCUUAUAGCAGUACAGGAGUUUUUUUGGGUGAUGAAAAUGCUGACUAUUUAGCUGCAAAUAAGUUUGGCCUGAAUGUGAGUGGUCCACGCUAUUAUCAAAAUGCCCGACUUUCCCCUCUCUCCCUUAAAUAUUAUGGCCUUUGCCUGCGGCGCGGAAGCUACAAUGUGAAGCUCCACUUUGCUGAAAUUAUGUACUCUAAUGAUCAAACAUUUAGCAGCCUUGGAAAGCGUAUAUUCGAUAUAUCAAUUCAAGGAAAACUAGUGAAGAAGGAUUUCAAUAUUAUGGAAGCAGCUGGGGGUGUUGGUAAGAACUUCAUAGUGGAAGAUAAAAAUGUUCUUGUUGAUGGCAGUACCCUUGAGAUUCAUCUAUAUUGGGCUGGUAAAGGAACCACAGCUGUGCCAGACAGAGGAGUUUAUGGGCCCCUUAUUUCUGCUAUCACAGUUACACCAAACUUUGAAAUCGAUGAGGGAGGACUAUCGGCUGGAGCACUUGCUGGCAUUAUAAGUUCUUCAUGUGCAGUAGUCAUUAUAUUGGUCGUAGUAUUUCUUUGGAUGAAGGGUUACAUAUGUAAGAAGAAAGUCCUAGAUAAUGAACUUUCUGGCGUAGAUUUACAAACGGGUCAUUUUACCUUGAAACAAAUUAAAGUUGCCACCAACAACUUUGAUCCUAAAAGUAAAAUAGGCGAAGGUGGAUUUGGGCCUGUCUACAAGGGUGUAUUGUCAGAUGGUGCUUUGAUCGCCGUGAAGCAACUCUCCUCCAAAUCGAAACAAGGGAGCCGUGAGUUUGUUACGGAGAUUGGCAUGAUAUCUGCAUUGCAACACCCAAACCUCGUUAAGCUCUAUGGCUGCUGCGUUGAGGGAAACCAAUUGUUGCUUGUAUAUGAAUACAUGGAAAACAAUAGUCUUGCUCGUGCACUUUUCGGUCGAGAGGAACAAAGGCUACACCUUGACUGGCGAACAAGGAAGAUGAUAUGCUUGGAUAUAGCUAGGGGAUUAGCUUACCUUCAUGAAGAAUCAAGGUUGAAAAUUGUUCAUAGAGACAUAAAGGCCACAAACGUGCUGCUCGAUAAAGAUCUUAAUGCUAAGAUUUCUGACUUUGGUUUGGCUAAGCUUGAUGAAGAGGAGAACACCCACAUCAGCACACGAAUUGCUGGAACCAUUGGUUAUAUGGCACCUGAGUAUGCAAUGAGAGGAUACUUGACUGAUAAGGCAGAUGUUUACAGCUUUGGGAUUGUUGCCUUAGAGAUAGUUAGCGGGAAAAGUAAUACAAAUUACAGGCCAAAGGAAGAGUUUGUUUAUCUUCUUGAUUGGGCCUAUGUACUGGAAGAGCAAGGUAACCUUCUAGAACUGGUAGAUCCAGACCUUGGUUCAAAUUACUCAUCAGAGGAAGCAAUGAGGAUGCUGAGCAUAGCUCUCUUAUGCACCAACCCAUCUCCCACUCUCAGACCAACCAUGUCUUCUGUGGUGAGUAUGCUUGAAGGUAAGAUUGCAGUCCAAGCACCGAUCAUCAAGCGCACUUCAUCUGGCCAAGAUCCAAGGUUUAGAGCCUUUGAGAAGCUCUCGCAUGACAGUCGAUCGCAGAUUUCAAGCUCAACGGUUUCUCUAGAUGCUGAACCUCAAAAAAGCAUGUUAAUGGAUGGGCCAUGUACUGAUUCUUCAGUGUCCAUUGAUACCAAUGGCAAUAAUCUCUACCAUUCUGCAUCAAGUGAUCCCCUCGAAAAUCACCGUCAUGUGGAUAAUAUGAAAUUGUCGGCUAAUUAAUUCAUUCAGAAAACAUAUUUGUUAUUUACUUUUUCUUGCAGGCCCUGUGUUACUUAAGUCAUUUAUGAUUCUUUGUACAAAGGUAAGGAAAUAGUCUCUGGGAUUGGUUCUUUUUUGGCAACAAACUUGUGUGCAUUCUGCAUGCCAUGUUGGAGUUCAGCUGUCUCUUGGUAGAACAAAUGUAAUGUAAACAAAAUUAUGUUGAAAAAUUUGAUCAUUCUAACAUGUUUAUUUUGUA